CGCUUCUUUUGGGUCCGCCCCCAACACCGCCCAGUACCUGACGUGCCCUAGAGUCCUGCAGACGUCUAAACUAUGCGCGUCGCAUCCUUAGAGACAGAUGGCGGCUGUCGGUAGAACUGGAGGAGACCGAUGGCAGAGCGCACUCAAAGAGCACCCGCUGUUCUCCCAGCCCCGAGAUCAGGAGCUUGGUGCUGGGGACCGGGGUCAGCUGAGAAACCUGAUCUGCAGCCUGGACGGCGAUCUGUUGGUGUGGGACCCAGAGACGUGCGGCUUCCACACCAUAAGACUCCUCAGCCCGAGCUCCGGCACAGAGCAGAGACUCCUGUGCAUUAACCCUCCACUGUGUGAUGUUACCCAAGUCCUGGUAAGCCCUACUCAGCAUCAUAUUGCCUUGAUAGGAAGCAAAGGCCUGAUGGUUCUGGAGGUUCCUAAGCGCUGGGGGAAAAACUCUCAAUUUGAAGGUGGUGAGAAGACUGUUAACUGCAGAACUAUCCCUAUCGCUGAAAGACUGUUUACUAGCUGCACAUCUUUAGUUCUAAAGCAGGCAACCUGGUACCCAAGUGAGACAGAAGAACCUCAUCUAAUUUUGCUAACUUCUGAUAAUAUGAUAAGAAUCUAUAGUUUACAGGAUUAUUUGGCACCAGAAAAAAUGAUCCCACUUUCCAAUGCAGAUGAAGAGACUCUUCCACACAGUGGGCGAUCUUACAAAGCCUCCCUCGGAGAGACUGCUGUUGCAUGUACUUUUGGUCCCCUAGUUGCACUUUCAAAGGGUCAUGGCCUGUACAGUAAAGAAGAGAUGGUAUAUCCCCUCUAUAUACUGUAUGAAAAUGGAGAAACAUUCCUUAUUUACAUUAAUCUACAGAGGAGUGGCAGCAAUAUUGGUAAGCUAUUGGGCCCACUUCCAAUGCAUCCUGCUGCAGAGGAUAACUAUGGCUAUGAUGCCUGUGCAGUGCUCUGCUUACCCUGUGUCCCCAACAUCCUAGUCAUUGCUACAGAGGCAGGACUGUUAUAUCACUGUGUGGUGCUGGAGGGAGAAGAUGAUGAUGAGCAGACGUCAAACAAGUCUUGGAACCCCAAUUCUGACCUGAUUCCUUCUCUCUAUGUCUUUGAGUGUGUUGAGCUGGAGCUGGCACUGAAGUUAGCAACCGAAGAAGAGGAAGAACCAUUAGAGUCUGACUUCUCAUGUCCUAUUAAACUUCACAGAGAUCCAAUAUGUCCGUCAAGAUACCAUUGCACCCAUCUGGCAGGUGUUCACAGUGUAGGCCUGACCUGGCUUGGAAAGCUGGAGAAGUUUCUCAGUGCAGGCGAGGAAGAUAAAGACAGUUUGCAAGAAUUGGGAGCAGAACAAAAGUGCUUUGUGGAGCAUGUCCUUUGUACUAAGCCCUUGCCACGCAGGCCUCCUGCACCCAUUCAAGGAUUUUGGAUUAUUUCGGAUAUAUCUCUUGGGACAACUAUGAUAUGCAUUACGAGUAGCUAUGAGUGCUUCACCAUCCCACUGUUAAUGACUAUCCGUCCACCAUCCCCACCUCUCCUCUGCUCAGAAGCUGCCAGCAGUAUUACAGAAUCUCUACCACAUGUCUUGGCAGAUGUGAAAGGACCUUUUGAAAAUCAUAUUAGAGGAAUUUUAAUGCGGAACUCUGCAAAUCCUUUAUUGCUAAACUCCUCAAAUAAAGACUCCUCUCCUCCACCUGAGGAGUGUCUGCAGUUGCUGAGCAGGGCAACCCAGGUGUUUCGAGAGGAAUAUGUCCUAAAACAGGAUCUGGCUAGGGAGGAGAUCCAGCGAAGGGUGAAGUUGUUGAUUGCGCAAAAAGAGAAACAACUGGCAGAUUUGAGUCAUUGUAAAGAAGACCGGAAAAGCCUUAAAGAAACGGCUGAACGUCUUGCCGAGAAAUUUGAGGAGGCCAAAGAUAAACAGGAAGAUCUCAUAAACAGGAUGAAGGCAGUGCUGCGGAGUUUCCAUACUAGACUCCCAGUUUUAUCUGACAGUGAACGAGACAUGAAGAAAGAAUUACAGACCACACAAGAACAACUGCAUCAUCUGGGGAAUGCUAUAAAACAGGUUAAAAUGAAGAUGGCUUAUCAGGAGAAACAGAUGGAGAAUGGAAAAAGCCCCAGAAAAUCUAAUUUAACUCUGAGUGAUUAUCAGCGGAAGUGUAUACAGACCGUGUUAAAAGAAGAGGGUGAACAUAUUCAAGAAAUGGUGAAGCAAAUAAAUGAUAUCCGGAACCAUGUGAACUUUUAACUUCGGGGGAUGUUUGUACAUUUUAUAUUGAGACUACUUUCAUUUACUGACAACACUCUAUCCACAUAAUACCUACAGCAACACAAACCGUAACAGACUAUACAUUUGGGCAGGAUCAUUUUUGUUUUCAUAUUGUGCCUACAACUUAUUUAUAUUAAUGUUCUAUUAAAACAUUGAAAUUGCGAA